CAACAAAGCCGAGCAAUCUCGGACGCAAAUGCAACGCCAGCUCUGGGACGCCCAAGUGAGGGUUGAAGAAGCGGGUGUGCUGGAACAGGCGCAACAGCAGUUGAAGGAUAAGAUCACGUAUCAAGAAACCGAAAUCGAAAAACUUCAGCAUGAAAUACAGCAGUUGCGUGACGCGGGUAUUUUUUACCUACUGUUUUUGAAUAAUAUCAAUAUAAUCUUUCAUCACGGUGAGAAAUCGAUCAAUGGAGUUGACGGACAUAUCAUAUGAUGAUCUAGUACCGCUCUUUGUUUAUUAAAGUCGUGAGGAGGACCUGAGAUUUUUAUUGAAAGAUGACACUGAAACUGAAUAACUAGAUUGUUCACGACACCAUCGACUACAACAUUUUUUCAGCUCUGAAAGCUGUGGAUGAGGAGGAGCUGCGCGCAGCUUUCAGCCGAGCUGACAUGUUGGAGAACGAUGUGAGCGCGUUGUCAGCUGAAAACAACGAUUUGAGAUCGCAAUUACGAGAAGCUGCGUUGCGCUUAGAACAGAUGGCACAGAAGAUCCAAGCCGAUGAAUUCGCAGCACAACAACGGGAACAAGCAGAGCUCAAGCGCAAAAUGGAAGAAGGCGCAGACCUAGAGGCCCAGAAACAGAUAGAAAUUGAGUUAUGUUGUUGCUCUUCGACGAAGUUUGAUCGAUGUAAAUCAAAUUCUCGUAGUUGUGGAGGUAGUUGUAUCCUUCCAGUACUAGGAAAGUAAUUCAUUGUUUGAAGCUUAUUACGCUUCCUGCUUCCAGAAGUACUACUUGAGCAUAAUUUCCAAGUGCUUUCUAAUAUAAGAAUUACAGAGGCAGCUGCGUAUGGCGGAGGAGAGAGCGGCGAGCCUUGUGAAGGAGAAAGCUGACGCGCUGGCCAAUUUUGAAGCAGAGAAGCAAACAUUGAAACAGAAAGUAGAGGCAGAACUUCAAGAAAUUGGGGUACAACUACUACUACUAGAAUGACUAAAAUAGUCGUGGUGCUUCUUGGUUGUGUUUCUCCUAGUCGACACACUUUAACUUAAAAAGUACUGCAAUCAUUUCUCCUGUUCAGAAAUCUUUGUCGAAAGAGAAGAUUCUGAGUCUGGAGAAGGACGUACAAGAGCGCGAUGAGAGGAUUAUUGAGCUGACG